UUUAGCAGGGCAACCUUUACAAAGACCACCAAUUCAGCACCAAGGGCAAACUAAUCAACAGCAAUCUACGCAACAACAUCCAAUACCUUUACCGCAACCUUUACAAAGACCAAUUCAGCAUCAAGGGCAGUCUAUUGCAACAACAUCCACUACGCAACAACAUCCAUUACCAAAUAUUGGAUCAACCAAUACAAAUAUAUUUAAACCAAUUGUAUUGCCUAAUUACCCAUUGCCUCAACAAUUGACACAACGUACUGGUAGUACUAGUCAUUUUAAUGCAGCUGCUGGAGUUGGACAACUACAUAAUACAAAGGGAUCUUCUAGUAGUUCUCUACAAGAACAUCAAAUGUUUCCUCCUGGAUUUGAGCACAUAGCAAAGAAAAAGGAAAUAGAACGACUAGAACUUCAACAGAAACAAAAUCAACAACAACUACUUCGCCAGUAUCAAAAUAAAGAACAAGCAAAUAAUCCGUUACCAAUAUUUAAUAAAAAUUCAAAUGUCUUUUCUGGCCAAACAUUACAUCAACAACUCCAGCAACAGCAAUCAAAACAGUUUGGCACUCAACAAGGACAUUUUCCGAGAUAUUUUCAACAAUCUGGACAAGGAACAUUGCAGCAACAAACUCUAAAGCCAGAACAAUAUUUACAACAUAUUAACCGUCAACUACAAAAAGACUGGCAAAAUCCAUUCCAACAACAACCCCAAUCGCAACAAAAUACGGGAACUAGUUCGCAAAAAAAUUACUUAGAUUUGUUAGACAAACUAAAGUCGGGUGUUGAGAAUCCGAAUAUAAGUACCCAACAAAUUGCUGAUAAUUCAAAUAAAGGUGGGUCUUUUAAAGUUAGUGCUUUAAUUAGGAUUAUUAUUAAUGUAAUUAUAUUAACAAAAAUAAAUUAUCAAAAAAUAUUAAUUCAAAAAUAUUAA